AUGUCAGUAUUUUUGAGUGAGAAAUUAGGUAUUUUCUCUGGAAAAAUUACUGAUAUUAAAUGGCAUCCUCGCACGUUUAUUUUAGCGGUCGCAUCACAUAUUGGAAAAGAGUCAGGUGAAGUUACAAUUUCGGCCCUGAAAGUCCCAAACUGUAAAGAUGCAACCAUUACAAGGCCUUGUAUUCCUACGUGUAUUUCUUGGCAUCCUAAUGAGCCAGUAUUAUUGGUUGGAUGGAAUAAUGGCUGUACGACUGUUUGUUACUAUUCUGAGCAUAACGCUCUCGAUAUGGAUUAUAAACUAGAAGGGUCUGUGAUGUCACUAGUUUGGACUUUUGAUGGGUACUCUGUGUUUGCAACAGACAAUAAAGGAUCUGUUUAUGUUUUCCGGUGGCAUAAAAAUGUAGACAUUGGUGCAAAGCCUAUAUCCAUUCUGAAAGUCAACACAAAUAUAUCAUGUGCUCUUAUGCUCAGUACCCGAAAUCCCGAUGAAUUAAGUUCAUAUAUAACGCUUGCACCGUUGUAUUCAAGUUCUAGUGAGGAAAAUAAAUUUGCUGAAUCCGCCGUCACCGAAACUCCAUGUAAAUCAAGUAACAUGAUGAAGUUUUCGUGUCUAGGCUUCUAUCUCUUUGGAUGCUACGAUGGACGUAUAAUGUACAUUAAGUACGAUAAAUCGAAAGAGAAUGAGAUUGCAGUGAGUCAAGCCAAUAACUUAGCAUGCUGUGAAGGAUGUAUUUUAAAUAUGGUUUCUCACAAAGGCACAAAUAUUUUAUUGGCCCUCACUGAGGGAGUUCUUCUAUAUCACUAUCAUAUCAAGCUAAACUCUGAAAUAUCAAUCAAGGAAGUAACAAAAAUGAAACUGGCUUUAGCAAUGUGCAAUCAACCGUCCGUUACAUGUGCUGGAGAAACUACGCUUGCUAUGGCACUUGGAGAAACAAAUGUUAGACUAUGGGAUGUCGAAAGAGCCGAUAACUAUACCUUAGCUCCCUGCAUGCUUAUUUCCAAAAGCAGUCCAAGUGAACUGAAGGUGAUCAGUGUUUCUUACUCGGAAACAUAUUGUAUUCUGGCAGCAAGUUUUAACAAUGGAAUGGUGGGAUUUUGGCAAUACUGUACAGAAAUGGAAUCAUCCAAAUAUUUGUCUAACGUUCAGAGGCCAAAUUUGACGUCAAAUCAAAAUCCCUGUGAUUACAUAGGUAGUUAUGAACUUUUUAGUUCCACAAACACUUUGGCAGAAAAAACACCGGAGACCAGUUGGCAUCCACAACCAAGUACCUUUUGGUUAAACAAAGAAGAUGAAUUGUUUUCAAUUUCAGAGGAUUUGAAAUACCAUUCGCAUUUACUAGCCUGGGAUUGUCAGCAGGAAAAGUUAGCAAUUACGCUCAUACCACAUCAGUCAAAAGAAAAGCCAUAUGAAAGCCAAGGUACCCAAACCAAGUCUUCUGUGUAUAUACUUCAACGGCAAUCACCACAAACGCAUUUCUAUGGAUACGGAUGUGCUGUUGUACAAACUGGUUCAAGAUCAUUAGCAGUACUUACCACAAUAUAUAAUAAACGUGUAAACAAAACAAAUACAAGCGCUUUAAAGAAUAUAUCGAUAAUAAACAAUACUACUGAGAAUAUAAAAGGGAAAAUGAAUAUGAUUGAAGAUGAAAAUUACAAGAAUUGCCGCGGAUCUUUCAUAACCAAACCAAAACAACUUGAGAUUUGUAAAGAUAUAAAUCAGAAUUUUACUGGCUUCAUUAGUCAAGGCAAUUGUUCGCUUUGUGAGUACGAGGCGCAGGUUGAAGACCAAAUUAAGGCUGUAUAUUGCACACAAGAACAUGUUACAUACUGGAAUGGUCAUCAUAUUUUUGUCUAUAAACAGUCCACUAAAGGUUGCAUAAUCCACCUAACUAAUUUCCCAUGUGAAUAUAAAUUAAUUGGAAUGUAUCAACAUAAUAUAUUUACAAUUGAACCAUAUAAAUUACAAGUUCGUAAUUUGGAGGGUUGUGUUAAACAGUUAAUCAAUUUUACAGAAAUAGAGGGCAGUAUUACUAUGACUGCUCAAUGUGGCAAUUAUAUGGCAUGUCUUACUGAUCAAAACAAAAUACGAGUAUUUGAUCUAAUCAGAAGAGAAAUCAAAUCAACAAAUGUAACAAAAUCUUUAACUAAAUUAAUUAAAUGUAAAUUAUUAAAUUAUAUAUCACAGAACACUUCAACAUUUACAUUUACAUCUUUACAAGAGACUAUUACAUUAUUACAUAAUUCAGAUAAUUUGCUCAUCAAUGAAUUAAAUAUUUCAUGGAUUUCAAUUAAUAAUUCUGGUAAUUCAAUAGCAUUUACAAUAGAAAUUUUAUACAAUGGAGGAUUAUGUAAAUUAUUAUGGUUAAAUUCUAUGGAUUCAUUAACAAAAAUGCAAUUAGAUAAAAUGAAUGACAAAGUUAUGGAAAGAACCAUAAAUGGAAUUAUGAAUAAAGAGAAUUUAUUAAAAAAAUGGUUUCCAGAUCCAAAUAUUUAUAUUUAUCAUAUAGAUGAAGAUAAAUUGAAAUGUUUCAAUUUUUUCGAAACUAACAAAUUCUAUUCAUGA